UAUAUAUAUAUAUAUAAAUACAUUUCAUUAGUGUACGUACACGUACGAAAAAGCAUAAAAAUAUUCAGAAUUCAAUCUUGACCAUUUGUGGUUUCUUCUUUUGUUUCUCUUUCUUUGCCGAUUUCUUUUUUGUUGUCUUUUCAUUGUCUCCUGUUUGAGACUCAGUAGGUUGCCAAUAAGGAUUGAAAUAUCCCUGUUCGCGUUUUAUAAUGUUCAAUUCCUGAGAUGCUAAAUGAAUUUUAGUAACAGUUUCCGAGUCUAACAGAUACUUUGCUCGAUAAGUAAAAUUGAACGACCAAUUUAGCAUCGGAUUCCAUUUUCGUUGCGUCUUAAGUACACGAUGAAUAAUAUGAGGAAAAUGAAGAAGAAUGUCUCCAAAGAAUGCCGUGUUUUCUAACGUGGAAAAAUUGUAUGAUUUUAACCAACAUUCAAUCGACAAAGUGAAGCCACGAGUUUAUAAACGCGACAUAACAAUAAUACUGCCAUCUACUAACUUUCAUACACUGAAUGCAUCAACUUCAAAGUUACGAUGGAAUAUGCUGAUCCUCAAAAUAUUGAAGGCGAGCUGACAGUAGGAGGCAAACAAAAAUCAAAUCUUGGAGAACCUGAAUUUAAUACUUUGGAUGAACCAAUCAGAGAUACGAUUGAUAUUACAAGGUUCUUCUGAUACAGCAAAUAAUUUUAAUGAUGGGGGACCAGAGUUUGCUGAAGUUUUUGUGAUUGUAUGGAUUGGAUCUAUGGUUGUUACUUUGAACUCCAAAUUAUUGGGUGGCAACAUAUCUUUCUUCCAAAGUAUUUGUGUCUUAGGAUAUUGCUUGUUGCCAACUGCCAUUGCUCUAAUUUUAUGCAGAAUCAUAUUAAUGGCAGAACAGUCUACUUUCUUAUUUAGUUUAAGAUUUAUUAUUACUAUGAUUGGAUUCGUAUGGGCAACAUAUGCAUCAAUGGCAUUUCUCGGUGACAGCCAACCAGUAGGGAGGAAAGCUUUAGCUGUGUAUCCAAUAUUUUUAUUCUAUUUUGUAAUUUCCUGGUUGGUUAUAUCUCAUACCACAUAAGAUAGAAUGUAAGUUGAUUAUAAUAAGAAGACUGUACAUUGUUUCAUAUUUGUGCACAAAGUAAAGCUGAAAUUGAACAAAACAUUGCUUACAUUGAAAUGUACUUUGAAAUUCAUUAAAUUUAAGCAUAUGUCACGAGUCAAAAAUUGUAGAUAAAAUUUAUUGCUGUAGAUGUGUACGUUAUUUAUUAUUAUACAUUUUAGAAAAUCAUAAUUUUGUAUGUCAAUUAUAAUUAUACAUACAUAAGCAUAAAAUAAUGAAUAAUAAUUAAAUAAAUUAUUAUCAGAUUGUUAUAUAUUUAUACGUAAGCUUGAUAAACAAAAAUAGUUUACGAUGGAAGAAAAUAAUUUUUUAAUCUUCAUUCAUUUGAAACACAAAAUCAUCAUUCAAUGUGUAUAAUGUACAGUUUCAAAAAAUAUAAUUAUUGUCAACUGCUUUUAUCAUAAACGAACAUUCCUAUUAAAAUAUUCACUUAUUUCUUAGUCACUUAAUAGUAUUAUAGAAAUGAAAUAUAGUAUCAAAUCAUAUGAUUUGUAUUUUUUACAUAUAUAUAUUAUAUAAAUAAAUAAUGUUAGUUGUAAAGUUAAAAUCAAACAUUAAUAAAAUAAUACAUUUUACAUGAUAUAAAUAAAUUUUGUAUUUUUCUAUUCACAUGUAUGUAAAAUAUUUCUCUAACUUAUUUAGUAGAGUUUUACUAUCAGCAUGAUUAGGAUAUGUACUUAGCGAUUUUUGUACAGCAAUGUAACUUGUUUGAAGAUCUCCAAUCUGCGAAAUUUUUUAAAGUAAUACAAAUGAUAUAACUCUAUGCAAAAACAUAAUAUAACAUAUAAUUAUAAUACCUUAUAAGCCAAAUAAGCACUAUUAAAAUGAGGCUCAUAAAGAAAAUUAGCAAUGUUGGCAGCAGCAUGAAAAUAUGUUCUCGCCGCAGUAAUGUUUCCAUUUCGAAUUUGUAUAACUCCAAGAUUAUUAUAUGCUAAAGCAUAUCUAUUAUCACUAACAAUAGCUAAUUUUAAACAUUCUUCUGCCAUUGUUAUAUCACCUACAGUCUAAAUAAUUGGUAAUAAGUAAUAAAAUUUGCG